AGUGCAGGUUGCUUUAAGAGAGGAGUAGCUGUAAUCUGAAGCCUGCUGGACGCUGGAUUGGGAGGCAGUAGAAAAAAAAAAAUAACCCUCCAGUGCUUGCAGAAGCCCCUCAGAGUGCGGGCUGAGAGGGAGCUAGGCUGGGAGUGGAGCUGCAAUAAGCCCUCAGGCCCUGGGAUGAAGGCCCUUGUGCUACUCCUCUGGACUGGAGCCCUCCUCGGGCACAGCAGCUGCCAGAAUGUGGCAGGCAGCCUGGAGGAGGGCUCGCUAGCCCCCGACAGCCCAGGGGCACCAGUGGAGGAGGAGGAUCCCUUCUUCAAGGUCCCCGUGAACAAGCUGGCAGCGGCCGUCUCCAACUUCGGCUAUGACCUGUACCGCGUGAAAUCCAGCAUGAACCCCACUGCCAACGUGCUCAUGUCUCCACUCAGUGUGGCCACGGCACUCUCCGCCCUUUCGCUGGGAGCGGAGCAGAGAACAGAAUCCGUCAUUCACCGGGCUCUCUACUACGACUUGAUCAGCAACCCAGACAUCCACAGCACCUACAAGGAACUCCUUGCUGCUGUCACGGCCCCCCAGAAGAACCUCAAGAGCGCUUCCCGGAUCACCUUUGAGAGGAAGUUGCGGAUAAAAUCCAGCUUUGUUGCUCCACUGGAAAAGUCUUAUGGGACCAGGCCCAGAAUCCUGACUGGCAACGCUCGCAUAGAUCUUCAGGAGAUGAACAACUGGGUACAGGCCCAGAUGAAAGGGAAAAUUGCCAGGUCCACGAGGGAGGUGCCCAGUGACGUCAGCAUUCUCCUUCUCGGUGUGGCUUACUUCAAGGGGCAGUGGGUAACCAAGUUUGACUCCAGAAAGACUUCCCUGCAGGACUUUCACCUGGAUGAGGAAAGGACCGUGCAGGUCCCCAUGAUGUCAGACCCUAAAGCUAUGCUACGUUAUGGCUUGGAUUCCGACCUCAGCUGCAAGAUUGCCCAGCUGCCCUUGACUGGGAGCAUGAGUAUCAUCUUCUUCCUGCCCCUGAAAGCAACCCAGAACUUGACCAUGAUAGAAGAGAGCCUCACGUCUGAGUUCAUUCAUGACAUAGACCGAGAACUGAAGACUGUCCAGGCAGUCCUGACCAUCCCCAAACUGAAGCUGAGUUACGAAGGCGAAGUUACCAAGUCUCUGCAGGAGCUAAAGCUGCAAUCCUUGUUUGAUUCACCAGACUUCAGCAAGAUCACUGGGAAAAGCAUAAAGCUUACUCAUGUGGAACACCGGGCUGGCUUCGAGUGGAAUGAGGAUGGGGCAGCAACGACCCCCAGCCCAGGGCUCCAGCCUGCCCACCUCACCUUCCCCCUAGAUUAUCACCUUAACCAACCUUUCAUCUUUGUGUUGAGGGACACAGACACAGGGGCGCUUCUCUUCAUCGGCAAAAUCCUAGACCCCAGGGGCACUUAAUGUUCCAGUUCAGUGUUCCAAGAAGAAAAAUCCCAGAGGGAUGGCAGGUUAUCUUACAUGAAGGCUCCCCCUGUAACUUCAGUGUGUACUUUACAAUAAAAGAGCUUUAUCCUUA